AUGGCUGGAAUUCCAGUAUUGAACAUGAAUUCUGGAUCUGAACCAUUUGAUGAAUCAGAACCAAAAAUAUCGAUUUUAGACAGCGACAGCUUCGUGAUAGAUAUGGAAGCAUUUUCUUCUGCCAACACCAACAAAGAUAGUAAUUCAAAUCCCAGAAUCACAGUGAGUUCUUCCUCUUUGAUUUCUCAGAAGCCAAAGUUCUUUGCAAGGAGUGUUUCGAGGAAAGGGUGGAGCGACAAGAAGGUUAAUGUCCCAGCUGCUGCGCUUCUUGAUUGGGAUGCUGUCCCUUCUGCAUGCUCUUCAUCACCCAAAGGGUGUUCUAAUGUGGCCGGCACGCCGGAAAAGAUGGUGGCUCCGGUGGUGGGGUCGGCCAAUAAUUACGGCAGCCCACGGUUUCAUCAUCAGAUUACGGUAAUGACGGCCACCGCCAUGAUGGGUGAAGCCAAAAGCAAAAGCAUGGAUCGCAGAAACAGUUUCAAACGCUCUUCCAACUGGGGCCUUGAUCCCAAGAAGGUUCUUCUUUUCUUUGCCACUUUGUCAAGCAUCGGAUCAAUUUUGCUGAUAUACUUAACCUUCAUGGUGAGCUAUGACUGAGAUUAUAUGCUUAAUUAUGCUAUGGAGCUUCUUCAA